AUGGGUGUUGCUCCUGUCUCACCUUCCUCUCAGAGACAAAUUCAACCUGUUCACUCCAUGGUUACACGCUCAAAGGAUGGCAUUCAGAAGCCAAACCCCAAGUAUGCUCUUGUUUCUGAUGUGACUAAUGAACUUGUUGAGCCCUCUUGUUUUACACAGGCAAAUAAGUCUCCCGAAUGGCGUAUGGCAAUGGCAGAAGAGUUCAAUGCUCUACAAAGCACAGGAACGUGGUCCCUAGUUCCUUCUCAUCCCUCCAUGAAUGUCCUACCAAAUAAAUGGGUCUACCGUAUUAAACGGAAAUCUGACGGUUCCAUUGAAAGAUUUAAAGCACGUCUUGUUGCCAAUGGUUUCCAUCAACAAGAAGGGCUUGAUUACAGUGAGACGUUUAGUCCCGUCGUCACUCAUGGCUUCUCAAUCUUCCUCUCCCAUUCCCUUUCCUAA